AUGGGCCGCGCAGAUCUUUCCCGCUAUCGCACUGCAUCUCCCUCUGAAGCCCGUCCGAUUCCUUUUCCUCCCACUGUCGCCUGGGUACUACCCGAGCUACGAGAGAACCCCGCCAGUGCAAUUGCUCAGGCCAUACUCAGCGUAGAUAAUGCAUCAACGCAGAGGGAGCAGGUGCAUGCUGUGAAGAUUUUGGGAAUUUCGCUUCGGGAUGCCCAUAUUGAGGGUGCCCAAAAGAAUCUUGCGCGAUUCAAAUGCUCCUGUACGAAUCCCGCUUCUGAAGUCCGACCUAUAUGUCACCUCGCUGUUCCGGUCUUAAACACUUUGCUUUUCGAGACGCCAGCAGCGACUGGAGGUCUCCUAUCAGGAGCCCUACGGUCUGUACUUCUCUGUAGGCAGGCAGGUAUAAACGGUUUUGAUAGCCCGGUACAGAAGUUCCUGGCGCGAGUUGCUGGAUGGGCCAACAAAGCCGAAGAUGAGCAGGAUAACAAUAGCCCUCAAUUCUUAGAGAAGAAUAUCUUUUUGGAAGCAGCAGCGGAUGUAUCUGCUCUUUCCGUUGUCCUAGCGGAACAAAAAUCACGCAAAUGGAUUCUUGACAACAGCGAGUGUAUACUUGGUGUGCUCAACUUGAUAUGUUCCAUCAAUGAGCUUUACUACAUUACCGCAAGUUCUGACCGCUCGAAAGCCACACGACUUCUAACUCCCUCGACUUCGAGCUCUUUUUCUGCACGGAUCUCCACGCAGGUAGACCGGGUACUGGUGGAAGCGUCAUGUGAUUCUGCGAUGAAGGCUGCACAGGAUAUCAUCAACUUCCUGUUUACUUCAGAGCUCAACGGGGACAAUCUCCAUUUUGUUGACAUCAAGAAAGCUGUGGAAAGAACCACGCUGGCUUGCGAAAGGGUUCUUACAUUGCCCAAUGCUCCCCGAAGCUCCCUCAUGGCGUGUGCCGUUGCUCACGUCUCUGGAUUGCUAUUUCAAACUGCUCGAGGCGAGAGUGCAAACUGUGCGGCAAAUGUUCUGCACAUGCAUAUUUUGGAUCGUUUAGAAGUAUUCCCUCCGUUUGCCAGGUUGUCUCUGCUUCGGAGUGUGAUGGAGGCACCUGCAGCGAACUAUACUCAUCCGAUACUGCUCAUUCCGCCAAAAGGGGCAAAAGGGCCAAGGGCGCCCGACAAAUCCGUGUUCGAAUCCCUGGUAUCCUUGACAUCAGCCAACGCUGACGUGCAUUUGAGAUACUUGAGUAUGGAUUCCCUAAUUGCAUGCCUGCGGCGACUUUCACCCAACGAACUGAGUGCGCAUUGCCGAGAUCUAGUCUUGAGUCUCAUUUAUGAACGAUGGCAAGAACCGUUCCCUGGAGUCUCGUCCCAAAUACGACAAGCAAUGGAAGCUCUUGUAAAUGUAGACGGAGGUGGAGAUGAGGCAAGAGAGUUUUGGUUGAACAUGGCGAAGUCUCUAAUGAAAGGCAACUGGGAUUCCAAGGGCAUUUAUGCUCCGCUGAGCGUCUUAGUGAAUCGCCUUGGUGCUUCGACGUUGUUAGAUGUCGAACCAAAUUGCCAAAGUCUAGCCAUUCGGGCGGCCGGAAACGAUUCGAGACUAGCAAAAGCUGCUUCGGAUUGGAUAAGUACGUUUUGGGCAAAGUUUUGGCUUGAGUGCAACCCUUCGAAGUCGCGCUUCUAUAAGAUUGUGAACAAGGAUCUAGUGCAGUGUCUUGUUGAUGAUCGCAUGGAUGGGUUGCGAGAAAGGACAGCAGAGUACAUGUUACCAUCGUAUCUACAAGCGAUUGGACAGAAGAACAUCAAGGGCGGUUCUCUUGCACUCUUGACGUACUUGGACACUACAACCGAACGCGGCAGUGCCUCAAGAAUUCGAGGAACCAUUAAUGUACUGUCUGCGGCCCGUCACCGCGGUGUAUUCAUGGGUUCUUUCUCUGACCCUGCUCUUCGCAAUCUACUUGUUGAUGCCCUCUCAAGUGGAUUAGAAGAUGUAAGGGCAUCAGCGCUUGAUCUGGUUGUGAUUUGUAGUGUCCCUACCGCGCCUAUAGCGAAAGAAGAGAUAGAUAUGGUUCGUUCCCACAUUCCGGAUGCACUGAUGCCUGGAUGCUCUCCUUCUAGUCGCUCCCGCUUUCGUCACAGCAUGCGUCGGUUUUUGGAACGAAUGGCAGCUUGUUGGCAUGCCGCCCGAGACGGCUCUGGCGGGUGGUGGAUGCGGCAACGAAAACACAAGUAUGGUGGUAAAAGAACCCCGGAAUUCGAAAAAACGAGAAACGAAGUGUUGAACAGGAUAGUUACAUUUGAGCGGGACUGUAUACGACUGUUGCUUUCUUCAGCGUACCCAGGUGCCCCGUAUGCGAGAAUGACAAACAGCUUGGAGGUUUUGCUACUCGUUUGCAGAAACCACGGAGACAGAGACUUCAACAACCGAGUGGGAAGCCAUGCAAGUGGUAUUAUAUGCGGUCUGCUUGCAUGUUUAAUUGACCCCUGGGAACGCCCGAGACGUUCUGCCCUUCAAAUUCUUAGUUCACAGGCAGGCCCAGUUUCUCGAUUUGAAUCAAUCGGAGAAGCGGAAAUUCUUCAAGAAUUUGCGUUUAACGGUUUGAUGUCACCCCGUCAAAAGGAGAUAGAUGCGAGUGCCUCCGUUUUCAGGUUCGUUUUUCGAAGGUUUGUCCUAGAGCAGCAACACACCUGCAAAGAUCAAUCGACAUCUAUAGAUGUACAGAAAAGUUUACUCUUCCACGGCGAACCCAGUAUAGGAUUGAGUGCCGGGUCACUUGCGCGCAUGUACCCUCCUCUGGCGUAUGCCUGCUCUGUCCUGAAUUCCCUAGAAGCUCAAGUCGCGCUCGCUGAGCAAGACUUUCAGGGCAGCUGCGAACGCGGCUUGUUCCACGGCUCAUACUUGCUCUUGAGAUACAUUAUUCAGGAUUUGACUUGGAAAGAUCUAUGCUCGCCGAAACUCAUGAGCCAAGCUUGCGAAUUCGUUGAACAAUUCCUCAGCAUGGCCUGGCGAUGCACCCGGAUUGGCAUGCGGGGAGUGUCUUUUGAUUCUUUGAAUUGCUCGCAUGGUACUGGUGAAGAUUUUGACUAUGCCGAGUCUUCUAGUGACGUGAACGACGAUGAUGAUAUCCUUGUACAUGAAAGUAUUCAACUUGCGAGCACAUCAUGUUUUCUCACCAUGAAAGAGAUCUGUAUUUGUGUCGGACUCUUGUGUCAUGAAGUACCGUUCUCUGUGAGUGGUGCGCCAGAAGAUAGAGACGGUGGAAUUCUGACCAUGAAGGAGAUUUCUUGUAUCAUUGAUUUGUUUCAGUUCGUAUUUACAAAUACAAGGCAUUGGGGCGUAAUUGACGGAGCAUCGGAAGGGCUGCAGUUGCUAUGCGAGGGAUUAUUGCAAACGCCCAGCUCUGACUUGCGAUUCCUGCCCUCAAAGCUGAUACGGGGAUGUUUGCAAAGUGUUUUAACCGGGGAACUGUACGUCCUUCGCCGAAGCGCAGGAAUACCAGCCAUGUUUGCCGCAAUUCUGAAUGCCGAGGCAUCUAAGCACACGCAAUCUCACGACACUCCAUUGCUACAUGAGACAGCGACAGUUCUGCUACAGCACUUGCAAAACUCACACAUGUACGUGCAAGAGGAUGCAUUACAAAAGAAUCGCACCGAGCAAGAAAAUUCUGUCGCUCAUGCGUUGAACCUCCUACGCUCUAUGUUUCUCAAUGGAAACAUCGCCAGCAGUAUCCUGAGGUAUUUGGAACCAGCAGCAAUGGUCUGUAUCAAGGCUUUCUGUUCCGCUUCUUGGCUUAUCCGGAACUCGACGCUGAUGUUAUUCUCAGCUCUCGUGCGUCGCGGAAUCGGUGUGUGCGUUGAGAGGAGGUCUUCAACAAAUCUGUCUUCCUUUGAAGUAGCCGAUAGAACAAGUGCAGUUUUAGAUGGCGAUCGUCGACUGCGAGGUGUGACUGCGUUUCAGUUCUUUUCACGGCAUCCGAACUUGCAUCCUUUCCUGCUACAGCAAUUAGAAACUGCAGUUGAACUGUUCGAAUAUGAGGGAGACACCGAUCAUCCCAGUCUCUUUCCUACGCUAUACUUGUUGUCCUCAUUAUCUCCGUCUACGGUAGAAGAUCCAACAAGUGCGCUAUCGAUGGUCUCAUUCCGUGCAACACUGCGCAAGUGUCUCCACUGGCGUUCGAAUUAUGUUCGACGAGUAGCAGCAGCGGCAUGCGUGCCCUUAAUAGAAGACUCCGCGCAGGUCUCAAAAGUAGUCGAAGACCAUAUGCUGACAGGAAUUCCAACCAAAGCUCAAAGAACAGAGGCGAUGCCACGUGCGACUGCUACAAAAUCGGCAUCAAUGGAAAAUGGAAGGUUCGGAGCAAAGAUUAAGUUAGGAAAGACCCGAAUUAGUCAAAAUCAUUUACACGGUGAGCUCCUUGCCCUCGCAGCGAUCUUAAGGGGUAUGAGGCAAAGUAUGAGCCGUUUCGACAAGUGCAGCACAUUGACAGUCUUAGCCAAGUGUCUUCCUGACCGCGUUUGGAUUGCCGUUAAUCCGGAGCUGAACCCGUGCAGCGUGACCAGAUCAUGCAUGAUUGUCGUUCUCAUGAGAAGCUUUGAAAUUGCUCAAGAUAUUAGGAGGCUGGACACCAAAUCCGAAAUCGCCAACGUUGAUGCGGAUGACGUAAUCUCCCUGUGCAGAGAAGUGGCUUUGAAAAUCAAUUCUUGUGGUGAGGAGACAUACGGCCUUGGCAUGGAGGUUGGGUUUUCCAGUUUAUUGAGCAGUUCUGCCAAACUUCUCGCGUUCAUAUCGGUGUCUCUCUAUGAUGCAGGGACCUCGACUCUACAUGGAGCACUGCACGAUCUUCUAAACUUGAUUAUGUCAUCAAGACCAGAGAAAGUGUUAGUAGGAAUGCGUGGUGUUGCUGAUUUGCUUAGACGGAAGAGAGGAAUUGUAACAGAUGCGUGCGCAAUUAAUGACAACGAGCAGGACACCCUUCAACGUUUAGGAAAGGUUUGGAGGAAAGCGUACUCUGUUGCAAAUGCAUGCGACGAUCAAGAUCAGGAACUCCUCUUAGAGUCUUUGCGCGUGCAAGAAGCAAUUCUGUUAAUGCUUCACACAAGAGAUGCGCCUUUGAAUUGGGUAGUCGCGGGUGUAACUAGUGGCGAUCUGGCGUCAAUGCUCCGAAUUGCGCAAACGCAUCCGUGCGUUGACAUCAGGGAACAGGCAACUAAGUUGUGUGGUCAGUUGGUUGCUCUUGCAGUUCCCGAGCAGCACGUGGGUAUGGAAUGGAUAUCCUUGAUUGAAGACUAUGGAUCAAGUCAACAAGCCCCUACGACUCGAAUAGCUGCUGGCAGUAGUUUCGAGAAAAGCGGCUUUGGACAUCUAGGGCAAGGGCCGAGGCCAGCAUUACACCAAGAACUAACUGUUCGCGGGUUUCUGCUACUCGCAAAGCUACUAGAUGAUGAUGAUGCAGAGGUUCGUGGGCACACUAUGAGGAUUGUGCACCAUUGCAGGAGACCUACGGGAGAACAGAAUACCUUUCCAAGUAGUAUCUUGUCCUCUCUCACAUGGAUAUAUGACAACUUGAGCGAAAACUUUUCCCAGAGCCCCUCGCUUUUCCAGCACCUAGAAGAUCAGAUGAAAACAUCAAACGAAUUGCAAAAACCCGGACGUGAUAGGCUGCUUGAAGUAGUCCAAUUGAUGCUGGGGCAGAAAGUGUCUAACCUAAGUGUGGCAAGGUCUACACAGCCUCCAGGUCGUAGAUCUUCCCGAAGUGGUCACAGGAGUCAGCGUCUCUUCAUCGUGGAAAACGAUUCUUCCGAUGCCGAGGCACUUCUUCACCUGCAGUUGGUUGCGUGGUGUUAUCGGAAAAUCAUCUUGCGCCAGGUCACUAAUACCACCGUGUUGUGUGCUAAAGUCUCUAAAAUGGUGUCUGACCUCGUCACCGAUCUAUGCUCUGAGUUGAAGGAAGCUACUAUGCCCAGAGAACUUGGCACUAUCAAUGGUGCGGUUUUCACCGCACAAGGUUUUCAAAGAUGCUACAAGAGCGCCUUGCGAUUGUUCCUCGGGAUGACGUGUCUCAAGUCUGACAGUAGUAGCUGUGCAAGUGAAAGACUGAUAUUGGAAACAAUGCUUGCAGAACGCCUGUCUGACAUCCUGGUAAGGGUAGGAGCCAGCCUCCAUUUCACUAUUGUGAAUGUCAUCUCAGGGCUUCAAGACCUGCUCAGUGAUGAGCCAAAGGAGAGAGAAGAGGCAUGCCUGGGCAGAAUUCUGUUUCUUCUUCAGGUAUGA